UAUUUGUUGUUGUUAUGAAAUUCGUCUCCACACACGGACGCUCGCUGGCGGCUCUUUGCAUAGAAACCCCCUGAAAUAAAGAAAAAAAACUACGCGACUGUACCCCUGAAGUGGUUCCGAUUUCGUCUUUGUGAAGCAGCUUUUCCGUAAUCGGAGCAGCAAAAGGUCUGGAAUUUUCCACCUCAUUCACCUGCGAACUGGCGCGGCCCUAAAAAAGCGUAAGGAAACGCGUGUUUUUCCCUGGUGCAUCCUCUCCAGCGUUGGUGGUGGUAAUAUACACAACAGCAGCAGCAAGGUAAGGCACUUACAGACAUGUUGCAAAUCACGCGAGGUGUUCAUACCGGCCGCGAACUGCUGGCCCAGCGCUGCUCGAAGCUGGUCGACAGCGUGAUCCGUGUGGACCAUGCCGGUGAGCUGGGAGCGAACCAAAUCUACCGCGGACAGAUGGCCAUCCUUGGACACACCAAGGCGGGCAAAACGAUCCAGCACAUGUGGGAGCAGGAGAAGGCGCACAAGGAAGAGUUCGACCGGCUGAUCAACAAGUACCGGGUGCGCCCGACCGCCCUGCUGCCGUUCUGGAAUGUGGCCGGCUUUGCGCUCGGCGCCGGUACCGCGCUGCUCGGCGAGAAGGCCGCCAUGGCGUGCACGGUCGCGGUCGAGUCCGUGAUUGUCGAGCACUACAACGACCAGCUGCGCAAGCUGAUGGACGAUCCGACCUUCACCGACAAGGAGCUGCUCGACAAGAUCCAGCGCUUCCGGGACGAGGAGCAGGAACAUCACGACACCGGGCUGGAGCACGGGGCGGAACAGGCCCCGUUCUACCGCGCCCUCACGGACGUGAUCAAGUUCGGAUGCCGCACCGCGAUCAAGAUUGCGGAAAAGGUGUAAAACAAGCGGUCCCGGGAGGGCGGAGUUGAUCUUUGUUUUAGCGUUUAAUAAUGGGCGAGCAGCUGAAGGCAGGCACUUCAUCCCUUUGAAUUCGAGAAUGCUUUAUGUACUUUUCUUCGUCGGAAUAGUUUCGUACGGUGCAGUGAACCCCAUUGCGCACCGUUCGUGUAGAGGGUUUUAGUUGUUUAUAAUAAAUAUGUUGUUGUAAGAAAAGCA